GAUAAACCCUGCAAUUUUCGCUGUCGCGGCACCGGGGCGCCGGGUCGGCGCAGCCUGCGAUCUGCAGAGACGUCGGGAACUGGUAUAGAGAUGGCGAGCCCAUCUCGCGAGGACAGCUCGGAUACUGAAACAGGCGGCACACCCGGGCCAGGCAGCGAGGAAUGGCCAGACGAUGCAUUGCAGGGCCGCAACAAUCGCGAUUGGUGCCGCUUCUGGGUUUGGGCGUUUUUGACGGCGCAGCUCCACCCAACACCUGGCCGCAACCACAAACCGGCACUGGUCCUUUGGAUCUGUGCCAGCAUGUACCAGCUCAUCAUGGCCUGCGCCGUAGUCUUCCUUUUGGUCCUGGACAGCACGACCCAGGUCACUGUGACUACAGACGCUUACUGGUGGUGUGAGCUUGUGCUGACAUUCGUUUGGAGUAUAGAAUAUCUGCUCCGCCUCUGGAGCUGCGUGGAGAAUUCGGCGAUCGUGCCCGCCUCCGACCUUCGCCGCUGCGGUGUGAGGGUCAAGGCCGCUCUCCACCCACUGAUGCUGGUGGACCUCGUGUCUCUGGCGUCUCUGGUGAUCGAUCUACAGAUCGAUUCUAAUCAGCUGCGUGGCUUCGGUGCCCUUCGCAUGCUCAGAGUCUUCACCUUGCUUCGCCUGGAGCGGGACUGGAGAAUCUGCAAUCCUUUGAUACAAGUGCUGGUGAAAGAGUCGAAGCUUUUGGGCGGUGCCGUCGCCAUCGCCCUUACACUGCUUGUUUGUGUGUCGGACAGAUCGAAGCUGCUCGUACAUGGCCGAGAUAUUGCCUAUGCAGGGACUCUCCGACGCGCAAUGAGGUCAGUCAAGGUUUAA